GGGACAGGGAGAGCAGGGCUGGGGGGAGGCCCAGAUGGCGAUGGCUAGAGAGAAUGGGUCUUUGGGUGUGUUGAGGCCCCAUCAUGAGGGUGACAGUGGCUCUGUGUAGGUUUAAGGUGUCUCAUUUCCUGGACAGGUGGCAGGUGUGGGUGUGGGUGUGGGGCUUGGGUGGAGUGGAGGCGUUUGGGAGGAAUCGGGGAGGAGCCUGGGGCCUGCUGGGACAUCCCUGGCCCUGGGUGAAAAAGCUGACAGUCCUUAGUCCUGCAGGUGCUGCCCGUCACUCCUUCCUCCCACCAACUCUCUGCCUCAUGGCUCUGGCAAAGGUGCCCGGGAACUGCUUGCUCACCAUUCGUGUCCUACAAGCCCGUGGUCUGCCCUCCAAGGACCUAGUGACCCCCUCGGACUACUAUGUGACUCUGUGGCUGCCCACGGCCUCCAGCCACCUGUUCCAGACACGCAUAGUCAAGAACAGCAGAAACCCCAUCUGGAAUCAGAGCUUUCACUUCCGAAUCCACAGCCAGCUGAAGAACAUUGUGCAACUCAAAGUCUUUGACCAGGACCUUCUGACCAAGGAUGACCCUGUGUUGUCGGUGCUGUUUGACGUGGGGACUUUGCGGGCUGGGGAGUCCCAGCACAAGAGCUUCUCACUGAACCCUCAGGGUGAGGAGCAGCUGGAAGUUGAAUUUCGGCUGCAGAAUCUGACUGACUGUGCUGAGCACCUGGUCAGCAAUGGCAUCCUGGUGGCCCGGGAGCUCUCCCGCUUGCAUGUUCGACUGGAGAAGGCAGGGGACCAGCGGGGGUCGGAAGGCAGAGUUCAGCUUGUGGUCCCCGGGUCCUAUGAGGGUCCGCAGGAGGCCUCCGUGGGCACCGGCUCCUUCCACUUCCACUGGCCGGCCUGCUGGGAGCAGGAGCUGAGUAUCCACCUGCAGGGUGCCCCCCAAGAGCAGCUGAAGGUGCCCCUGAAGGCCCUGCCCUCUGGCCAAGUGGUGAGACUUGUCUUCCCUACGUCCCAGGAGCCCCUGAUGAAGGUGGAGCUGAAAAAAGAAGAAGGACCAAGGGAGCUGGCCGUGCGGCUGGGCUGCGGGCCCUGCGCUGAGGAGCAGGCCUUCCUGAGCAGGAGGAAGCAGGUGGUGGCCAAGGCCCUGAAGCAGGCCCUGCAGCUGGACGGAGACCUGCAGGAGGAUGAGAUCCCAGUGGUAGCUGUUAUGGCCACCGGUGGGGGGAUCCGGGCCAUGACUUCCCUGUAUGGGCAGCUGGCUGGCCUGAAGGAGCUGGGCCUCCUGGACUGCAUCUCCUACAUCACAGGGGCCUCGGGCUCCACCUGGGCUUUGGCCAACCUCUAUGAGGACCCAGAGUGGUCUCAGAAGGACCUGGCAGGGCCCAUCGAGUCACUGAAGACCCAGGUGACCAAGAGCAAGCUGGGCGUGCUGGCCCCCAGGCGGCUACGGCGGUACGGGCAGGAGCUGGCCGCGCGUGCGCGCCUGGGCUACCCGACCUGCUUCACCGACCUGUGGGCCCUCGUCAACGAGGCACUGUUGCAUGACGAGCCUCACGACCACAAACUCUCAGACCAGCGGGAGGCCCUGAGUCACGGCCAGAACCCUCUGCCCAUUUACUGUGCCCUUAACACCAAGGAACAGAACCUGACCACCUUUGAAUUUGGGGAGUGGUGCGAGUUCUCCCCCUACGAGGUCGGCUUUCCCAAGUACGGCGCCUUCAUCCCCGCCGAGCUCUUCGGCUCCGAGUUCUUCAUGGGGCGCCUGACAAAGCGGCUCCCUGAGUCCCGCGUCUGCUUCCUGGAAGGUAUCUGGAGCAACCUGUACGCAGCCAACCUCCAGGACAGCUUGUAUUGGUCCUCCGAGCCCAGCCAGUUCUGGGACCGCUGGGCACAGGCUCAGGCCAGCCUGGACAAGGAGCAGGUCCCCCUUCUGAAGAUAGAAGAGCCUCCCUCAGUGGCCGGCAGGAUAGCUGAGUUUUUCACUGACCUUGUGACACGGCGUCCACUCGCCCAGGCCACCCACAAUUUCCUACGUGGCCUCUCUUUCCACAAGGACUAUUUCCAGCAUCCUCACUUCUCUGCCUGGAAAGCCACCAAACUGGACGGCCUGCCCAACCAGCUGACGCCUGCAGAACCCUACCUUUGCCUGUUGGAUGUUGGCUACCUUGUCAACACCAGCUGUCCACCCCUCCUGCGGCCCACACGGGAUGUGGACCUCAUCCUGUCACUAGAUUACAACCUCCACGGAGCCUUUCAGCAGCUGCAGCUCCUGGGCCGCUUCUGCCAGGAGCAGGGCAUUCCGUUCCCGUCCAUCUCGCCCAGCCCCGAGGAGCAGCGCCAGCCCCGGGAGUGCCACCUCUUCUUGGACCCCGCCUGCCCCGACACCCCUGCCGUGCUGCACUUCCCACUGGUUAAUGCCUCCUUCCGGGAGCACUCAGCCCCCGGGGUCCGGCGGACAGCGGAGGAGGAGGAGGCCGGGGUGGUGAACCUGUCUUCAUCCGACUCCCCCUACCACUACUUGAAGGUGACCUACAGCCAGGAGGACAUGGACAAGCUGCUCCGCCUGACGCAUUACAACAUCUGCAACAGCCAGGAGCAGCUGCUGGAGGCCCUGCGCCAGGCCGUGCAGCGGCGGAGGCAGCGCAGGCAGCGCCGGCCCGAGUGAUGGCGGGAGGAGGCCGUGCCCCGGCCCCGCGGCCCCGGGCUCUUUCUCAGGCUCGCUCCUCGGCUGCCUUGCUGCUCCAGCUGAGUCGGGGUGGAGCCUGCCAUCUCCAAGUUCCAGAGCCUCUGGCAGUGUGGACGGCGCAGUUGUGGGCUCCAGCCCUCUGAGGGGCUCGUCGGGGUGCCCAGCCCCACCCAGGUGUGGCACCGAAGCCACCGGCACCCCUGCCACGGGCACCCUGGGGUAGGCUGAGGGUUUUAAACAGGGGCUGGGGCCUGGCCUCCGUGACGUGGCUGGAGACGAUUCAGAGGUCCUAUGGCAGCGGGGGGAGGGUGGGGCGGCGUGGGCCAGGCUUGUGGAAGCGCACAGAGCCCGGGACCUGUGUGUCCUUUCCCUUCCUUGCUCCCUUGAGUGGCUGUACAGCGUGAAAUAGCACUUUACAUAUUACAGAGGCUCAUGCAAA